AUGGGUCGCGGGUCCUUCACCACGCUGGAGAAAUGCCUCAUCGCUCUCUUUGUGGCUCUGACGGGAGUGUGCAUCGGCAUGGUCGUGGUAUACGUCACAGAGCGCCAGUCCUCCACAGGGGCAGAUGAAGGAGAAGGAGAUGUGGUGGUCGACUCUGGAUGUGGGAAUCCACAGAAACUAAUGGGGUCUUCAGGGGAGUUCACCAGCAAGAACUACCCAAAUAGCUAUGACAACGGCCGCAGCUGCAGCUGGCAGAUCACUGUCAGCCCAGAUAAGGUCAUCCAUUUGUGGUUUGAAGAUUUCUCACUAGAGGAAACCGAUGUGUGUUCAUCAGAUUUCGUCACUAUACAGGACAACCUGGGAAUCAUUGGGAAAUAUUGCGGGCUCACAAUACCUAAACCAUUGGUUUCCCUGGGAAACAGUUUGGUGGUGUACUUUGACUCUAAUGACCGUGGAACCGAAAAAGGAUUCAAAGCCCGUUUUAGUGCAGUAUCUCCAGAGAGCACUGCAGACAUUUCCGGAGGUGGUGGCCACCUACAAGGCACCAGUGGGGACAUCCAGAGUCCAGGGUUUCCUGCGCAGAAUUAUGAGAAUGGGGCACUGUACCAGUGGAGGAUCACAGUGCCUGAAGGAGAGCAGAUCAGGCUCACGUUCUUCUCCUUUGAUCUCGUGCCGGACUACUGUGGAGACUACGUGGAUGUUUAUGACUCGAAUCUCUUGGGUCAUUUUUGUGGUGGCAAGAUUCCCAGUUCAGUGGUCUCCAGUGGCAACACCAUGGUGGUCCGAUUCAAAACGGACAACUCGCUAAGUGGUGCUGGCUUCAGCGCCACCUACAGGCUGGCCAGUACUAAGCCUAUUCCCAGCACCACACCUUCCACUGUCACAACAACACCGGCACCAUUAGAUUCAGGCUGCGGCAGCAACGGGCUGCAGAUGGGCCGUAGAGGUGUGAUCCAAUCCAAAGAUUUCCCACAGUCCUACCCAGCCGACCUGUCGUGUGUGUGGACUAUCACGGUGCCCGAGGGCUUCCUGGCAAGGCUAACAAUCACUGACAUAUCUGUGGUGGGGGAGGCCGGAAACUGCGGAGUAGACGGACUGGAUGUGGCAGACGGUCUGCAGUGGCUGGGAAAACACUGCGGGUACAUUCUCCCUCCCGUCCUCAUCAGUUCCGAUAACAAACUGUCCGUCAGCUUCCUCUCUGACUCCCGAUUGACCGACCAAGGCUUCUCUGCCAGGUGGGAGGCGACAUACCCCGAGGACAUUGGAGAGAUCCAGGGAUGUGGAGGGGCUUCGCACGAGGAGGUUGGAGUCAUAAAGUCAAAAAACUGGCCCAUGAACUAUGCAGCAAACAGCCAGUGCCUGUGGAUUAUCCAGGUGCCGGUUGGGAAGACCAUAACUCUAACCUUCACGCAUUUUGAAGUGGAGGAGUCUGACCCGCUGAUUGCAAGGUGCUACGAUAGCGUGCUUGUCUAUGAUGGCAUGAAUGCCGAAGCAAAGGGCCCGUUCUGUGGGUCCAAAAUCCCAGACGUGAUCCAGAGCACAGGAAACCAGCUGCUGAUGCGCUUCCGCUCUGAUUUCCUCACCGAGGCAAAAGGGUUUAGGGCCCAUUGGACGACUGACCCCUCCCAGCCCGCCCCGACAGAGCCUCCAACGCCGCCCAACCCCUGGGAUGACAUCCCCAUCGACUGGCCUGAAACCUGUGGCACCCCUGCCAUUCCCCCGAUGAUCAACUCACGCAUCGUCAACGGCGUGCCAGCCAAACCUCACUCCUGGCCCUGGCAGGUUUCCAUGCAGGUAAUUCCAGAAAGCCAGCCAACGUUCUUUCACACAUGUGGAGGGACCCUCAUUCACAAGAACUGGGUUUUAACUGCAGCUCACUGCUUCAUACAAUAUGCAGAUGAACUCCCCCGCUGGCGCAUGUGUUUUGGGAAGCACAACCUGACACUGACGGAGCCCACUGAGCAGUGCCUGUCCGUGAUGGGCAUAUACAGGCAUGAGGGCUUCAAGUACCCGCAGCUGCCCACCGUGGAGUUCGACAUCGCCCUGGUGCGGCUGGACGGGGAGGUCCUCCCCACUGAAGAGGUCAGCUUCGCCUGCUGGCCCCCCCUGGAGGAGGUUCUGCCGGAGGGGAAGAAGUGCUACGCUACGGGCUGGGGUGAUGAGACAGGCAACUCCACCGAGCCCAAGGUGGCAGAGACUCUCAACCAGGUGGACCUACCUGUGGUCCCCUAUGACACUUGCAAGAGGAUGGAUUACUGGUGGUUCCAGGUCAAGCCCUCUAUGAUCUGCUCUGGCUACAACAGCCCAGACGAGCUGAAGUCGGUGUGCCAGGGGGACUCUGGAGGUCCUCUGGUUUGCCAGGACAAUUCCACCAGCCCCUGGGAGGUCCACGGCAUCACCAGCUUCGGGCCGAUCGGCUGCAUCAUGGACAAGAAGCCCAGUGUUUUCACACGAGUGUCGGCCUACCUGCCCUGGAUUGAGCAGGUUAUCCGCAAGAAACUCUACGACCUCUACAGCUCUGGGUGUGGAGGGGCAAAAGACGUGACUGGGCUGAGGGGAAGCCUCUCCACCAUGAACCACCCACGUACUUACAGCAACAAUGCUGCCUGCUCCUGGAACAUCAAAGCCCCUCUGGGGAAACUUGUGCGUCUGCACUUCCACAACUUCUCCCUGGAGGACAGCCAGUUCUGCAUGAGCGACCAGCUCCAGCUCUUUGACCACAUCGGCUCUCUGGGCACUCACUGUGGAAGCGGUUUGCCCGGUGAUCUGGUGACCACCAGUGACACUCUGAAUGUUCAGUUCGCUUCAAAUUUCAGAGUGGUGGACACUGGCUUCCGCGCAUCCUGGACUGCCAUAGACCCAGCAGACAUUUCUGCUGAGGUGAACUGCGGCGGACAUUUUGAGGGUGAGCAGGGGGAGUUUGCAUCCCCCGGCUGGCCCAAAGCUUUUUACCCCGCUCUGAAGGCCUGCAGCUGGCGAAUCACAGUGGAGUCCGGGCAAAAGAUUUACAUGAACUUCACAGCGUUCUACCUGCAGGGUCAGAAUGUGCUGGGAGACUGUAACGAUCACGUGACCAUCUAUGACGGAGUGCAAGCAGACUUUUCCAUUCCUUAUGGUCCGUACUGUGGAUCCACUGCCCCACCAGCUCUGACCACCCAGGGAAACGCUGCCAUCAUCCGCUUCCUCAGCAAUGGAGCCGUGCAGAACAGAGGUUUCCAUGUAAAAUGGAAAGCUGUCUCUUCUGCCCCAACAGACGCCCCAACAACCAAACCCAUCACAGACACCCCAAAACCCCCACCCAUCACAGACACCCCAACAACCAAACCCAUCACAGACGCCCCAAUAACCAAACCCAUCACAGACACCCCAACAACCAAACCCAUCACAGACGCCCCAACAAUCCCACCCAUCACAGACGCCCCAACAAUCCCACCCAUCACAGAAGCCAAAAUCACCACUCAGUUGUAG